AGGUGUAAAUAUUGUUAUUCGCUUUGGGAGGAGUUUUGCGUGGGUAGAAGUGCGACAGGCGUAUGUUGUCGCGCGGCUGAUAAAUGUAGUGGCAGUGUAUACAUUGUGUUGUCAGUUACUGGGAUUAAGCUACCGCAUUCUAUUUGUUUAGUACUUCCCAGGUAAUUAAGAGACCGUAAAUGGAUAUAUGCUCUCCACGUGGCCCUAUCGUUAACCUCAGAUUUGUUUACAAAUUGCGGCUUGCGAAAUUUAUUCGGUAUAACUAUGUCUUGUGAUUACGAUGACAGCGAGUUCUUGGACUUUAAAGAAUUGGAAGAACAGAUAACUCAGAUAGUAGAUAAUGGAAACCUCGAGGAAAUGCUUCGCAUACAACUGUCGGAGUUUGAAAUGUUACAGUCCAUGUUUUCAAAUCCAGGAGAAUUUUGUGUGGAUGACCCAAGCGUUAUAGCCGAUAUAAAUGAGUUUGUGGACGGAAGGUGUUCUAUCAUUCCACCUCGUUUAGAUUUUAGUAUAAAUUUAUUUAUAGAUAUGGCCAAGUUCGAAGUCUGUGUGAACCUCCCACACGAUUAUCCAGCUACUGAGCCAGAUAUUUUUGUGAGAAGUGACAAACUCAGCAGAAACCAGCAACACAGUUUAAAUAUUGACCUUAGCAAAUUUAUUGCUGAUCUUGAUCGAGGUGAAAUCUGUAUCUGCUCCGCAAUUUCUUGGCUUCAAGAAAAUGCUACUCAUUAUUACGUUGCAAUUAAACCAGAACCACAAGUGAAAAUAUGCGAAGAUGAAGAUUUGUUUACCCGGUACUGGAUAUAUUCUCAUCACAUUUACAGUAAAAUAAAAAGGAGAGAAGUAUUGGAUCUUGCUCAUGAAUUUAACAUCACAGGAUUUUGCCUUCCUGGAAAACCUGGAAUUAUUUGCGCUGAAGGUUCCUCUAUGGAUUGUGAUGAAUGGUGGCAAAAGGUGAAGAGCAUGAACUGGAAAAAGAUCAUGUGUAAGAAGAAGGAAACUUUCAAGUUAAAUGGAGGAGAAAUGGAUGAACUUCGGAAAUUUCCCAGUUUUCGUGAGAUUUCUUUUGAAUCUGGUGGCCCUAGUGACAGUAACUCUGGUAACAGGGAGUUGUGAACCCAGAAUCCCAAUAUUCAGAGGUCCAGUACUUCGUGAAAGAAGAAGAUAGCUGCUUGUAGAACUUGGUUCUUUUGAGCCAUGGCAAUCAUUGCCUUCCAGAAAGGAGAAUGCAGACCCUUGUAGGCUGUGGUUCUUUUGAGUCAUGGUAGUGUGCCUGGCAUUGGGGCAGGAGGAUCCCAGUUUGAAAUAAUAACAUGUCUCACAGCACAUUAUUCCUGAACUUGCAUAACAAUGCAGUUGUGGCAACAAGAGCUGCACACGGUCCUGCAGGGAACAGCAGUGUCCAAGUCAUCAGUGAUUUGUGUAUUCUACAGUACAUACCUUGUGUCAGUGAGCUUUGUCAGCCUACUCAUUUGUACACUGAACUUUUAGCAAUGAAGCGAAGCAAAAAUUUUAUGUAUAUCUGUAAACCAUUAGCAUUUACAUCAUGGUCAUUGGUGAAUAAUAAUAUAAGAAAACUAUAUAGUUUCUUUUAUAUUUUUCACAGGAACAUUUUUAUUUUACCCUUUAUAGGCACUGAUGUGAAGAUUCACUAGCCCCAUUUGGAGAAGGUCCAAAAUUAAACCUAGAAUUGGUAAAUCAGGACCAAGUAGGAAACAGGACAAGAAGCAGCAGUUUCAGGAUAUUUUUUGUGCAGUUGCUGAAUGUUAUCAUUUGCUUUAUUUGCAAAAGUGUUGUAGGCAUUCCUAAGUAGUACAAAUUAAGGAUAUAUUACAGAAUUCUGCCUCUUCUAAAUUGUCGGAAGAACAACGUGAACAGAAAUUUUCUUUCUUGAAGUGAGAAUUGGCUUGUUAGUAAGUCAUGUUCAGAAAACCUAUUAAAAACUCAUAAACUGCAACAGAAAUAAGUUUUGAAGUAUCUCACUUUAUAGUAAAAAAAUCAAAAAUUGUUUUGAGAUAGCUGCUAAAAAUAUUUGCCCUGAAUCAGUUAACCAUUCUGAUAUAAACAUCACAGGGUUGUGGGACAGAAGAAAAUGGAUUUUCUUCCAUUUUCAGAAAAUUCAGUUAAGCCAAAUGAUCACUUAAAGGAUAAUUACUGCAGGGUCGGCAAAUAUAAAGAACCAGUUAAGACAUUGCUCAAAGAAAUUUGCUUACUUUUCAUUCGUUAUUGAUGUGUCAACUGACACCAUCUCCACACCCCAGUUGUUAGUAUUUGCAUAUGGAAUGAUGCAUGAGUUUGGAGUACAUGACCAGUUAACUGGAAUGAGUUCACUGUGAGGGCAAACUAGGGUUAGUGAUAUGUUCAUUGGACUGUUGGAACUGUGUUCAAACAUUGACUUAACUGACUAACUUAAUAGGUAUUAUGAAUAACAGAGCAUCUACCAUGGUAGGAAUUAAUUCUGGAUUGAUAUCAUCACUAAAACCCCAUUUAUAAGCCCAUGAUGAUAUGAUGCAAUUACACUGUAUAAUCCCCUCAAAGACUUUUCUGCACUAACAAAAUAAGCUUCGGGCAUAUCACGAAAGUUGAAAGUUGUGGUUUCAACAGUUAAUUUCAUAAAAUUUCAUGGGCAAAUCACAGACAGUUUAAAACCUUCCUUGAAGACACUGACAAUGAAUACGGUGAUUUGAUCUUUUACACAGAAACAAGAUGGCUAAAUUGUGGUAGAAAUGCUGCAGCAUUUCCUGAAUUUAACUGAUGAUACUGAAAUUUAAAUAAUUCAAAAUAACAGAAAAAAAAGGAUUUCUUAUGGGACUUUGCAUUUUUUACAGACAUUACCAGUCGUUUCAGCAUGUUAAAUACUCAGCGUCAAAGCAAAAAUCAAUUGAUUAAUCCACUUUAUGGCCAUAUUAUAUGUUUUCAUUGUAAGCUACAUGUGUUUUAAACCAACUGAAGUCCAACUUUGUGCUUAUGAUGAGAAAGUUGGUAACUUGAUAUCAGCUUUCAAGACUCAUUUCACUGAUUUUCACAAGAUAAAGCCAUUGCUAGAUUGACUUAGCAACCAUUUUGCCUGAAAAUGCACCAGAAGUGGUGCAGCUGGAACUCAACGGCAUGCAAAAGAUGAAACACUGCGAUUUAAAUGUGAUGAUACAAACUGCUGAAUGUCUAUCUUCUUAUUAAUAGGAACAAUUGGAAGGUAUUGGUAGACACUGCAGUAAGAUGUGCAAACCCUUUUGGGCCAAGUUAUAUGUAUAAACAAACUUUUUCCUUAAUGAAAAUCAACAGAUCAGGAAAUAGUAACCGCUUGAUAAACGGCAAUCUAGAGCCAAUCUUCGCUUGUCUAUUGCAAAAAUCAAGCCAUAUAUCAAAGGAAUUGUGAAAUGAAGUGAGUGGAAUGCUUCAAAUUAAUUUAUGUGAAUAUUUUUUUAAAAGAAGUUGUUAUUGUAUUUGUUAAAUAAAUCGUGUAUUUGUGAAACGA